AUGUACCGCUAUUUCUUGUUGACAAAGAAGGAAACUCGUCAGAGGUUGAAGGCAGCGGUUCAUUAUACGGUGGGUCGUUUGUGUCAGAAGAUCGAAGAAGAACACCGGAGGGAGUUCAGCCGACAGACCAUAGCAGCCAUAGCGGAAACGACAUUCAGAGAGUGCGACAUCUUUGCCAAGGAUCUGGAAGCUUUUGCCAGACAUGCCAAAAGAAGCACAGUGUCUGCAGAGGAUGUAAAACUUCUAGCCCGCCGCAGUAGAGCUCUGUCCAACCACAUACAAAAUAAAAGUGAAGAACUGGCCCAGGAGCAGCGAGAGUCCAGAAAGAAGAGUACAGUGAAGAGGAAGAGCAGAGAGACCGAGGAGGAGAGCAGAGAAUGAGGACAAGACACAGGGAAGCCAGCAGUGUCUGACUUUGUGCUCAACAUGCAUAGAAAAAUAAGAGCUUGACAAGAACAAACUGCUUUAAUGAACUUUACAGCACAAGACUGAUAUAAAGCUAAACUCGUCUCAGGAGGCGUUUAGUUGACAUGAAGAGAUGAAUGAUGAGCAACACAAUCUUAAAAGAACUGUUCAUGUAACAUUUACUGCGUCCAAUAAAUCCUAUAUUCAUCUAACCUGGUUUGGGUUGUUAAACAUACCAUUAAAUCCUCUAAAAUACUGUUUGACAUACCGACUAAAGCUUCAAGGCAGUUUGCCCCUUCA